AUGGCCGUUGACGGGCGCACUGUUCCUGGUGCUACGGCAAGCGCACUCGGCUCCGCCCCAGACUCAACACCCACAUCGCAACCACGCUUGACGCGUCUGCUGUAUCAACCCACUCCUCCUCUCCGUCCCUUGAAAGAAGAGGUACUGGCACUGAUCGAGCCCUGGCGGGAGAGCUCGGAGCGACCGCCUUUUACUGCUGGGGAACUGGUCGUCAUCAUGCUGGUUCUCAACAACGAGAGAGGCCAAGGUCUCAGUGAAAUGCACCUCUUUGUUCUCGAAACAUACAAGUACUACCUCCGCCAAUCGGUACGCGCAUACAAUAAUCAGAUCGCGGCUGAGGCAGACCACUUCGAAGACAGGCUCCAGCACGUCGUCCCGGGGUUUUUCGAGGCCGUAAAGCACUUCGAUCAUCCAUGCUGUAUCGGCGACCUUCAGGACUAUACCCUGCAAGGCCACGUCGAGUUUUGCAGUACGGACUUCGAAGUCCGUCCCUCUGCUGCCCGUCUUUACCUGCGUGACAGACUCGAGCUGCAGCCAAGACAAGGUACCUUCGACUUCAUGGGUCUCGCCCCAGAGCUUCGCGAGAAGAUCUAUAAGAUGCUCAUGGUAUACCCUGAGCCUGGGUUGACGGUAGACGAGAAGGAUCGAGCGCGAAACCUCACGGAAACUCGAGUGGGUGUAUACUCUACGAGUGACGAGAACUUUGCGGACUACGAGAAGUGGGAUGUUCGAGGGAACUACAUUGAAGUCGAAAGUCUGGCGAAAACUCUAGCGAUCUUAUGCAUCUCGAAGCAGAUCCGAAACGAGGCUCUUCCCGUAUUUUAUGGCCGCAACGCCUUCCAGAUUGGCUCACUCGAUCUGCUGCUUAGCAAACUUCAGAUGUUGUCGUGCGACACUUUGCAGCAGAUCAAGAGCCUUCGCAUCGUUAUGGAGCAUCGUGAUCUGUGCCUGGAGAGGUACCCAUUGCAAGGUCUCGAGCUUUUGCUCUGCGAGCUGUCUCUGAAGAAGCUUGUGUUGAUGGUGCCACGCAAUACCGAGUUCUGGACAUAUUGCGGCGACAUUGGCCACGAGUACGGCUCUGCCGCAUCUCGUCGACCAAUGGAAAUGUACAAGCUCCGUUACAUCAAGGCGCUGGAUGGCAUCAUCUCCCUUGCGCGGCGCACGAAAAACCCCGAAGUCGUAGGCGAUGGGUUUCUGGUGCCGUGGCUACGUGAGAGAAUAGGGAGAGGCGCGUAG